GUGUGUGUGUGUGUGAGUGUGAGACGGCGAGCAGUUCAGCCGUGAAACAAACACUGUGCUGCAUGCGGCUGCUUCGUCCUAUGACUCCAACACGUAUACAUUUAUCAGAAGGAUGGAUGCAGCCGACGACCUGGAUGAAGACGAACUUCUGGACUACGACGUUCAGAUGAGCAUCCAGGAGUCGUGUCAGAGAGAACAUCUAAAGGGAACAGGGAGGAGUGAAGCUCUGAAGCUUGUGGGGGCCAUCAAACAAGGCGACAUGUUGGCACUGCAGAAGCUCUGUGAUUUCCCAGCAGCCUUCAGUCAGGUGGAUGAGCACGGCUGGUAUCCUCUGCACAGGGCGGCGGUCCAGCCUCUGGUUCUGGUCCUGGAGACGGUGCUGUACGCAUCUUUCAGUCUGACUCUGGAGGAAAAGACUUCGGAGGGGGAGACCUUCCUGACUUUAGCAGUGAAAGCUGGAUUGGUGGAAAACGUGAAGAUGCUGUUGAACCAUGGAGCUUCUCCUCACACGACCAACAGCAAGAACGAAUCCCCUCUGCUUUUAGCAGUCAGAGCCGGAUCUUAUCAGAUGGUUUCCAGUCUAAUAGCUGGAGGAGCUCGGGUGGAGCAGGUGUGUUUGAAGAAGUGGACGGCCAUGCACGAGGCCUCCAGGGCCGGCUGCGUUGGUGUCAUGGAGCUCCUGUUGCAGCACGGGGGUCAGGUGUCAGAGGCAGACCAGUAUGGAGUGACUCCUCUGGGCAUCGCUGCGGAGUACAGCCACUCUGAAGUCCUGGAGCUCCUUAUCAAACACGGUGCCGAUGUAAACGCCCAGGCGCCAAAUGGCGACAGCGUCCUGUACGACGCUGCAGGGUCGGGGAAUCCAGACUGCAUCGACAUCCUGCUGCAGCACGGAGCAAAUCCCAACAUCCACAACCUGAGCUCCCAGCUGCCCAUCCACCACGCCGCGUACGAAGGACACUACCUAGCUUUGAGGAUUUUGAUCCCGAUCACCACUAGACGGGCCCUGCGGCUGUCCGGCCACAGCCCCGUCCACUCGGCCGCUGACGGAGGCCACACUCACUGUCUGGAGCUCCUGCUGCAGAAAGGGUUCGACGUCAACGCGCUGUUAGCCCCUCACAUCUCGGACAACUAUGGAGACAUGAGGAGAAGCCCGCUGUACUAUGCCGUCUCCAACGGGGACGCCACCUGUACUGAGCUUCUGCUGAAGUUGGGAGCCAAACCCGACCUGGACCCGCUGCGCUGCCUCCUGGUGGCGGUCAGGUCGGGGCGCUACGAGAUCGUGAGGCUGCUGCUGGAGGCCAAAGCAGACGUGAACUGUUACUUCACGGUGGUGAACGACACAGUGUUUCCCACCGCGCUGCAGUACUGCCUGAAGGACGAGGUGAUGAUGAGGCUGCUGCUCAACAACGGCUACGAUGCCGAAAAGUGUUUCUGUUGUAGCCAUGGCGAUGACUGGGAUGACCUGAGCGAGUCUGGUUACACAGAAGACCAGGAGGAAAAAGUUGCUUUUUGUGAUUUCAUCAGGGUCUCCUGGCUGGUGAACCUGGCGGGCCGAGUGGUGUCGAUCCUCCUCGAAUACGUCGGUCAGGUUUCCCUCUGCGGCAAACUGACAAAGAUCCUGGAGAACCACAGGGAGUGGCCUCACAUUCACAGGACAACACGUAACCCUCGCUCUCUGUUUCACCUGAGCAGAGUGGUGAUCAGGAAACACCUAAGCUGCAGCAUGCUGAUGUCCGCCCAGCUGCCCAACAGGCUGAAGGACUACCUGCUGUUCAAAGAGAACGAUCUGUAUUCCAAAAUCAUCUGCAAGGAGGACUGAGGGGAACGAGGAUAUCUGUCUUAUAUCUACGGAGUCUUAAAUGUCAGUAAUGAGGUGUGGUUUUUGUAACGAGGCCUGGAUUUAUCAAACAUCUACAUGAAUACACUUAAGAAUGCUGGAGUCAACUUAGGAGUAAAAAAGUGGGAGCAAUAAGCUACAUUACACAUUGUUUCAAAGAGGCAUUAACUAAUAUUGUUAUUGUCUCAGGUGUUGCAAAAAAUAACCAUGAAUCUUU